AAUAUCAAUUUUUAUUGCAUCACCUGUCAGGAGUGUCCAAUCAGCGUUGGCUUUAGGGGAAUUAAUUGAUGAAGGUGUCUCCGGACGAGCUCACUUCACUCUGUCAUUUUAUUUGUAGCUAAAGCAGCGGCGGGAAUAGCAGCUGCAAUUCUUUUCUCUUUCUCCCUUCACAUUCCAUUAUCAUAGUGCUCCAAUGGAGAGAGAAGGAGUAGAGGGGCCCAGGUACUGAUCCGCAUCGAGGACUCAGACCAACACGCUGGCAGAUCUGAAACCGGAUGGUUUUUUCCCUCUUUUUUAAAAAAACGAAAACCAAAAAAAAAGCAAGAAUCAAGUCAGUGUAAUUUCAUGGGGUUUUUCUCCCCCCCAAUAAUUCGCCUAGAGUUUGGCACUCCCUUCGCCGGGAAUAACAGUCUUUGUUAUUUUAUUAGCAGGAUGCCUUGAGACACACGCAGCAUCUGGCGGAGGAUUAACAUACAUACAUGUGUAUGUAUGCGUCACGUAUAUAUUUACUGCAAAUGGUGGGGAUCAUUUAGUGCCCAGGAUGGGAGACCUGAAGUCAGGUUUCGAAGAGGUGGAUGGCGUGAGGCUCGGCUACCUCAUCAUUAAAGGAAAGCAAAUGUUUGCUCUCUCCCAAGUCUUCACAGAUCUGCUGAAAAACAUCCCGAGGACGACCGUGCACAAGCGCAUGGAUCAUCUGAAAGUGAAAAAGCACCACUGCGAUCUGGAGGAGUUGCGGAAACUCAAAGCAAUCAACAGUAUCGCCUUCCACGCGGCCAAAUGCACGCUCAUCUCCCGGGAAGACGUAGAAGCGCUCUAUACCUCCUGCAAAACCGAGCGUGUGCUCAAGACCAAGCGCAGGAGGGUCGGACGGGCCCUGGCCACAAAGGCGCCGCCGCCAGAGCGCGCCGCCGCCGCCAGCCCCCGCCCGGCUUUUUGGAAGGACAAGCACCAACUUUGGCGGGGCCUGAGCGGAGCCGCGCGGCCCCUGCCAAUCAGCGCGCAGUCCCAGCGUCCGGGCGCCGCAGCCGCGCGCCCCGCCGCCCAUCUACCUCAGAUUUUUAGCAAAUACCCGGGCUCGCACUACCCGGAGAUCGUUCGCUCGCCUUGCAAACCCCCUUUAAACUAUGAAACUGCCCCGCUCCAGGGAAACUACGUCGCCUUCCACUCGGAUCCCGCUUAUUUUCGGAGCCUGCUGUGCAGCAAGCACCCGGCGGCCGCCGCCGCCGCCGCCGCCGCUGCCGCUGCCGCCGCCGCCGCCGCCGCCGCCGCCUACUACCAGGCGUCGGCGGCCGGGCCCCAGCCCAAGGCGGCGACCGGAGCCGGAGGCCCGGUGAGCCUGACCUACCGCUGCAAACGCAAGCGCGGGGGCGCCAAGAACUGCCUGCUCGCGCCCCACGCCGGCGCCCGGCGACUGCUGCUGCUGCCCAGGUCCUACAAAGCCAAGGCGGCGGCGGCGGCCGCAGCGGCGGCAGCGGCGGCGGCGGCGGCCGCCGGGGCCACUUGCUUGGAGAGGUUUCAUCUGGUCAACAGCUUCUGCCCGCCUCCCCACCACCAUCACCACCACCACCACCAUCACCAUCACCACCACCAUCGGGCCCAGCAGCCAACGCCGAGUCACCACCCCCCUCACCACCACCGACCGCAGCCCCAUCUAGGAAGCUUUCCCGAGAGUUGUAGCAGCGACUCCGAGUCCAGCUCCUACUCCGACCAUGCAGCCAACGACUCGGAUUUUGGCUCCAGUUUGUCCAGCUCCAGCAACUCGAUGUCCUCAGAGGAAGAGGAGGAGGAAGGAGAGGAGGAGGAGGAAGAGGAGGAGGAGGAAGAGGGGGGCAGCGGGGCCUCGGAUUCCAGUGAAAUCAGCUCCGAGGAGGAGGAUUCGUCCACCGAGUCAGACUCCAGCUCCGGUUCCAGCCAAGUGUCAGUGCAGAGCAUCCGUUUCAGGCGCACCAGCUUCUGCAAGCCUCCCAGCGUGCAGGCGCAGGCCAACUUCUUGUACCAUCUGGCCUCCGCCGCCGCUGCAACCAAACCCGCUGCUUUCGAGGAUGCCGGCCGACUUCCCGACCUCAAGAGUAGUGUCAAAGCCGAGUCGCCAGAGGAGUGGAGCCUGCAGGGCUGGGCUCCCAAAGGGGCUCCGGUGUACUGCCCGGCCAGCAUGGGGAGUUAUUUCCCAGAGAUAAGAAACGAUAGGGUAUCUGAGAUUACAUUCCCACACUCUGAAAUUUCCAGUACUGUAAAGAGAACUGACCUGACAAUUAACUGCCUGGCAGAGGGGGCCUCUUCACCUAGCCCAAAGACAAACAAUGUAUUUCCACAACAAAGAAUACUCCGAGAGGCUAGGAAAUGCCUACAAGCAACUCCUACUACACACUGUUCAGAUAAUAACACAAUAGCUGCUAGGUUCUUAAAUAAUGAUUCUUGUGGAACAGCAACAAAUUCAGGAAAAGAUUCCAAAAUCCCUCAUUGUCUUGAAUUUGCUACGGAUUUGGCCUCUUCUCAGACUGAUCCCGAAGUGGAUGCAGCAGCAGCGGCAGCAGCAGCAGCAGCAGCAGCAGCAGCUAAAGCUGAGAAUCUCUGCACCGACCCAGGCGACAAGACACUGCCAUUUCUGCACAAUAUUAAAAUCAAAGUAGAAGACAGUAGUGCUAAUGAAGAAUAUGAACCUGAUCUUAUCACAAAUAAGCUGAAGUAUGAGUGCAAUGAUACAAAGGGUGAGUUUUACAGUGUCACUGAGAAGAAAGAGGAGGACGCCUUUUUAACCACAGCCAAGGAAGGUUUUGCAUGCCCUGAGAAAGAAACGCCUUCCUUAAAUCCACUGGCUCAGAGUCAGGGCCUUUCAUGCACUUUAGGAUCUCCAAAACCUGAGGAUGGGGAAUAUAAAUUUGGUGCCAGGGUGAGGAAAAAUUACCGGACACUAGUACUGGGUAAACGACCAGUCCUUCAGACACCUCCAGUCAAACCAAAUUUGAAAUCAGCUAGAAGCCCUCGUCCUACAGGUAAAACUGAGACACAUGAAGGAACACUGGAUGACUUAACAGUUUUAAACAGACGCAAAAAGGUAGCCAGCAAUGUAGCAUCAGCAGUGAAAAGGCCGUUUAAUUUCAUGGCAAAUUUUCCUUGUCCACCGUCACUCAUUCUUGGGAAGGACGGGGACUUGAGGCCAGCGUAUACCUUAACCACCACCAAGGAUUCCCAACCUCCUCACAAGGCCCAUCCUGUAUGGAAAUGGCAGCUGGGCGGUUCUGCAAUACCUCUUCCACCUAGUCACAAAUUCAGGAAAUUUAAUUCAUAGAAAUGUUUUGGAAGAUAUUUUCUCGAACCGUAUCACCUCCCUUUUGUUGUAAACUGCACAGGAUGGCUUGUACAAGUCCAUUAAUGGUGUUACACCCCCCUUUGGAGUCCUGGUUUAUCGCAUUUUGAAGACAGAAAUCGGAUUACUUUUUUUCCCAUUGCGGGUUUUUUUUUUUUUUUUAAGUGGGGGGGGGGGGGGGUGGGAGAAGGGUUGGUUUACAUACCACAGACUACUUCAGGCUAAAGACUCAAGUAAAACUCAGUUAUUAUGGUAGAGCUGGAACACUUUACUGUUUCAAUGCUAAUAUUGCACCGGUACCUCAAUUCAACUGCUACAAAUAAAUGUCAAAAGGUUGAAUAAUAAAUAUUACAAUGAGCCAUUAAGUUUAUGCACUAGAUUUCAGACCCGAAAGUGUAACUGGUAUUCAGUGAAAGUUUGUUAGGUUACAUGGUUACACAAUAAGGUAGCAAGAAGUUUCUGUGAGCCCAAAAUGUAAUUUUCUGGAGCUCUUAUUUGUGGGGUGUCUUGUUUUUUUGUUUUUUUAAACUAUCCUCAUUCCCUUUCCAAGAGUAGUUGCACUUAACUUUUUUUUUUUUUUUAAUGGAAAGAUUGGGGUAUGAGUCCUGAUUGGAUGCUGAUUAAAAAGCUGUCCCUUGUAUAAGAAGUAAGAGAAAUAUGGGAUUUGUUUUAAAGGAUGUGCUUUUUUUUUUUUACCUUUACAGUCACUCCUUGCAAUUGGAAAGGUCCUUUCUGUACUCUUACCCAAACAUCUAAAAUAGGGUGACUCUCAGUGUGGUCCUGCUUAGCUUGUGGUCUGAAGCUGACUCUUCAAGCUUUCAAAACAAUUAGAACACUUCUCUUAAUAGCAGGAUAUUUAAUGGUCUAACUCUUCAUAGUGACCAAUCAUUAAAUACAAGCAAGAAAAAGAAAAAGAGUCAGAGUCGUAACACCCCAAGUGAAAAAUAACAGUUAUUUCAGGGCUUUUUGGUACCAGAACUCAGGCACUUGGAUUGUAUUACCUUCUGCUUUUUGUUUCCUCCUGCAUCUCUCUAAACUUCUGUUUUCAGGCCAUCCUGGGUAUAGAACAGGAGUUUCUACUGCAAGUGACAAUCAGAGGUGACUAUCUAUAUUUGCACUUAAAAUCGAAGGAGUCCCACAUGCAAAUGGCCCACCCCUUGGAAGGGCCGUGCUGGUGACUGUGCUGUAAUGCUCAGAGCAGUAAAUCAGAAUUAUGGAAAUUUGCACUGUUGGAAAGCAUGCUUUAGCUUUAUUUUCAAUUAAAAACACUGUUUAAAAC